UGGUCUGCUGGAUGGCUGCCAUCCUCCGCCUCUGCACUUCCCUCUCUGUGUGUCAACACCACGACAUGACUCUGCAGAGCCGCUCGAGAGUUGCUCCGUGAAACAGACUAAACCACAGGACUGCAUUUGCUUUUCCCUGCGGUCUUCCCUACGUGCACUGUAAGCAUGGCCCGAAACCUGCUGAAGAACCCCAGUGGGCAAGAGCAGCUGGAAUUCUGGGAGCUAACGGCGAAUGGUGGGAAUGAGUGGAAGGUGGAGGACAUGCCAGGAGAUUGCGGCCAUGACUUCUGCAAUGACGAAGUAACCACAUACUUUGCCACCUCCUACGAGCUCUGUCUGAAGAAACAGGUGGUUGACCUCUUAGCAGAAGGUUACUCUUAUGAAGAGCUGGACACUUCGCCAAACAUCACAGUGGAGGACUGGUACUGCGGGAGGACAGAUUGUGGCUGCACCUACCAAAUAUCUGUGUGUCUGCUUGAUGAAAACCAGGAGGUCAAAGAGGAGUUCAAACCACAUCCAGUGAUACUUGACCCGGAUUUUUCUGAGUGCUCAUGGAAACAGGUCAGCCAUACAUUUUCUGACUACAGCCCUGGAAUACGCUUCAUCAGUUUUGAACAUGGAGGACAUGACACCAGAUACUGGAAUGGAUGGUUUGGGGUCCGAGUCACUGGAAGCUCUGUUACUGUUGAGGCCUGACUGAGGACAAUGGAUGGAGAUAAACAGGGAGUUAGGAAGGAAGAAAUCCUCAGUUUAAAUCUGGAAAGGUUUCAGGAAGACCUGCUUUGCCUUUUUGCAGCACGCUGACAUUUGCACACAUGUAUCACGCAUGUUACAGUUCAUACUCUGGAAUAAUACACCAAUAAUUAAUCAAACGGGGUGAUAAUGGCUUUACUCAUUUGCAUAAAAAUUAAUCAUAAUAAUACAUGCAAACAUAACUGGAUAGAAAAUCUUUUUUUUAUUACAUUCUGCUUCUUUAAAGUGAUUUAUCUUGGUGUUUCACUUAAACCAAAGAUGCUAACAAAGCUGCUCCCUCCUCAUCCAAAAAACAUCAUCUCUGUAAGCCUUUAAUAUCCUCACACUUCUUGAAUGGAAUGUCGUAGAUAUCAGUAAGCUCUGCCAAAUGGUUCAGUAGACCAUUAAAGGGUUAAUUAGUUUUGACUGUCAACUAAGUAUGUUAUUUUGACUUGAUUUAAUUUUGAUAACCUCAGAGAAGGCAUAACCUUCCCCUGUGACCUUUGGCGUCCCCCUAAGGGGCCCAGACCCCAGGUUGGGAAUCAAGCUACUAACAAACUCAUUUAUGAAACUAGCUAUUAGUUUGCAGUUCUUGUUGAUUUUAGUUUAACAGGAGCAGCGCACAUUAAGAAAACAAAUAAUGAAUUACUUCAUAGCUUUUUUAAUUGGCCCUUUGCAGUUCAGUCCUCGUCAUUUUUUUUAAAGAUGGACUUCUGCUAGCAUGUUAUCUUAACAGGUUUCUAAUACUGACAUUUGAAACACUUAAAUGUACUGGUACAAUACAUAUUUACACAGUACAACCUCAAGAAAGUCAACAAACAACUGUCCGAUCACAA